UCAGUUUUAAGGACUUAACCGAGUUGGGAAUUAGCUGACACCGCAAACAUGCCGACCAAGCCUGCCCCCAUCAAGAAGGCGGCUAAGAAAGAACCAGCCAAGAAGGAGGAGAAGGCUCCAGAGCCGGCUCCAGAGCCCGCACCCGCUGAGGCUGCCCCGGCUGAAGCCGCCCCUGCUGAGGCUGCACCUGCUGAGGCGGCCCCUGCCGAGGGAGAGGCCCCUGCUGCCCCGCCAGCUGAGGAGGCCAAACCCCCCACCCCACCUCCACCCGCAGAUGAGCCCACAAGUGCUCCCCUGGACCUGUUUGUUGAGGACAAGAACGACACCUCAGUUACUAUCAUCUGGAGCCAGCCAGAGGUCGUCGGACAUUCUGGCCUCGAUGGAUACGUCAUUGAAGUCUGCAAGGAUGGAACUGAGGACUGGAAGGUAGUCAAUGAGGAUCUGCAGAAGUCCUGCCGUUACAUCAUCAAGAACCAGACCACCGGAGACCGUCUGAAGAUCCGCGUCGUGGCCAUGAACGCUGGCGGCCGCAGCCCCCCUGUCGCCCUCCCCGAGGCCGUCCUGGUGAAGGAGGUCGCUGAUCGUCCCAAGGUCCGCCUGCCGCGUUUCCUCAGGCAGAGAUACGUCGCUCAAGUUGGAGCCAAGAUCAAUCUAACCAUCCCUUUCACAGGCAAACCUAAACCAGUGGUCACCUGGACAAAGGACGGACAACCCCUUGACACAAAGAAGGUGAACAUCCGCAGCACUGACAGAGACAGCAUCCUGUUCAUCCGUGCAGCCGAGAGAGAGGACUCUGGAGUGUAUGAGAUGUGUGUGAAGGUGGAUGACUUCGAGGACAAGGCUCCACUCACCCUGCAAAUCGUCGAGCUGCCAGGGCCUCCUGCCAGUAUGAAGAUUGUGGACACCUGGGGCUUCAACGUUGCUCUUGAGUGGACCGCACCCAAAGACAACGGAAACACAGAAAUCACAGGUUAUACAGUCCAGAAGGCCGACAAAAAGACCGGAGAGUGGUUCACUGUGUUGGAUCAUUACCACAGACUGAAUGCCACCAUCUCCGACCUCAUCAUGGGCAACACCUACAAGUUCAGAGCGUUUUCUGAAAACAAGGUUGGAGUCAGCGAGAGCGCUGCUGUUACAAAGGAGGAGGCCAAGAUCCUGAAGACAGGUAUCGACUACAAGCCUCCUGAGUACAAGGAGCACGAUUUCACCGAGGCGCCCAAGUUCACCACCUCCCUGACUGACAGAGCCACCACCGUCGGCUACAGCACCAAGCUGCUGUGCUCCGUCAGGGGAUCCCCAAAACCCAAGGUUAUAUGGAUGAAGAACCAGAUGAUCAUCGGAGACGACCCCAAGUACAGGCAGAUCUGCGUCCAGGGUAUCUGCUCUCUGGAGAUCCGUAAGCCUGGUAACUUUGACGGAGGUGUGUACUCCUGCAAGGCCAAGAACGAUCACGGAGAGGCAACUGUUAGCUGCAAGCUGGAGGUCAAACAGGCGGCAGUUGCAGAUGCAGACAAGAAAUAAGUCAACAUUCACAUUCUCACAGGAGCAGAAGGAAUGAGGCCUUUGCAGCAUAAGGAAAGUGCUGGAUUCCUGGAAGAACAUGUAUAUAUGGCUGGUGACCCCACUACCGAAAGGGUUGUUGCCUGCAACCUCUUGCCGAGUGUUACCCUGUGUUAUGAUGAACAAUUGUUGUCGCUUUAUGCCUUUAUCGUUCACUACAAGUCCACAUCCAUGUCCACAAUCAGCUUUUUCCCGCUCAACGAUACUAAAUUGUCAUCGUGUCGGUCACACUUGGUGUACACCAACAUUUCUGCAACAUGAAUUUACUCCUCCUCAUGGGAAAACUACAUGUAACAUCUACGUGUUUAUAUCAAUAAAUAAUUUAAUUUCUGG